UUUUGAUUGGCAGAUGAGAGCAGCUGCGGAGUUGUGGAGUCAUGGCGGAGCUCCGCCGCGCCUCAGAUCGCUGGAGUCACGGAUUUUACAUCGCUGAUAAACUGUCAAAACUUUAGAGUUAAUCAAAGAUGUUCGAAAGCGAGCUAAAGUUACGAGCGCUGUCACAGUGCAGUUAAAACAGUCGGACAGAAAGAGCUGACAAAGAUGUGAGACUCCACAGAAGGAGAAGGAGGAGGAGAAGAAAACCGUUGGAGUGUCCUAAAGUCGCAAAUAUGGCUACUUGUUUCUUUCACUUGGACUACUUCAGAAACUUUUCGCUUUUUAUGGAUGUUUAGCGAUGGAGGCCAAGCACAGAGAGCUGCUGGAGCAGUGGCAGCAGAAGUUCCCGGAGUCCGGCACAGAUGUGGAGCGGCUGCUGGAGCUGCUGGCCGAGCGCGGGUGUCUGAGUGCGGCCGAGCGCGCGGAGAUCCGGCGGAGCGGCGGCGGCGGGCGGGAGAAGAUCCGGCGGCUGAUACACACUCUGCUGGAGGACCAGAACCAGAACCAACAGCGCUUUCAGGAGCUCUGUUGGGCUCUGGAGAAAGCACAGCCGGGGGACAACCAGCAGCACAACACGGGCUCCUCCUGCAGUGUUUUGUCUGCGAUGCCGUCAGACUCUGAGAGCAGCAGUUCUCUCAGCAGCGUCGCAUCCUCCCCUCCUGCACACCUGGAGAAGCAGGUGUUAAGUGAGAAGCUGGAGCCGCUGUUGUCUCAGCUCAGACAGGUGACCCGUGAGCGCGAUGACUUGCGCAUCCGCCUGGCGCUCUCUUUACCCGGCAGCACAUUUGAUGAAAACACUGCAGCUGCCGCAGACGCCAGACGGCCGAGUGUGAAGCCGGGUCAUGAUUAUGAACACAUGAAGCUGCAGUGCAUGAAGGCCAUGACGGACCUGCAGAGUCUGCAGAACCAGCACAACAAAACCCUGAAGAGAUGCGAAGAGGCCGCCAGAGACGCCGAUUACUACCACACUCUUCAUGCACGUGUGGUUGGCGAGCAGACGCAGCUGCGGGACGAGACGGAGGCGGUGAAGCAGAAAUACACACAGCUCCUGCAGCAGCACACACACAUGCAGCAGACCUGUGACGAGCUGCGGCACACACACGACAGUGACCAGCGUGAGCUGCAGGACCUGCGCAUGCAGCAGCAGCAGGUGAUGAGGGAGAACGGCUCCUCUGACCUGCUGAAUAAACUCUACGACAGCGCUUUAAAUAAGCUGGAGGCUCUGAAGAAGGAGUACGAGGCUCUGCGGAAGCGCUAUAAUGAGCAGACGGCGCUGCAUAACGCUGACGUGAGCCGGUUGGAGCAGCUGGAGGAGGAGAAGCGGCGGCUGCAGAAGCAGAGAGAUGCAGCGCUGCACUUCCAGCAGCAGUACAGCGGAUCCAUGCACAGGUUUGAGAGUGUUCAGCAGGAGCUGAAUAAGCUGUCGGUCCACAACGAGGAUCUACAGAGAGAGACAGAGCGUCUGCAGAUGGAGAACACGCGCUGUAAAACCCUGCAGCUGAAGGCGGUGAAGGACGCUGAGAAGCUGAAGGAGGAGCGGGACUCAGUGCUGAGCGAGUACCGGCUGAUCAUGAGCGAGAGAGAUCAGGUCAUUAAAGAGCUGGAGAAGCUGCAGAGCGGCCUGGAGGCGGCAGAACACAAGCUCAAAAACACCUCCAGCGAGAGGAGAGUCGCCGGCGAGGAGAUGGAGGCGCUCAGACAGGAGCUGAACUCGGCUCUUCUGGACCGUGAUCGUGCGAUCCGGGAGAAGAAUGAGCUGCUAGAGAAAUACUGUCAUGAGGUGCAGGAUAAAGCCGAGACCCAGAAAGAGCUGAGCCAGGCCUGCAAAGACAUAGAGAUGGUGCGAGAGGAGCGAGACGUGGCCCGUAAAGAGCGAACGGAGGCUAUUAUACAGAGAGAUCAGCUGCUGAGAGAGUAUUACCAGGCCAGACAGAAGCAGGACAGUGCGGCGCUGGACAUGGAGCGGGUCAGUAAGGAGCUGGAGGUGUUGCGGAAGCAGUGUGAGGCGGUGCAGGAGGAGCUGCAGGAGGCGCUGCAGGAGGCAGAGGUGGCCAAAUGCAGGAGAGACUGGGCCUUCCAGGAGAGAGACAAGAUCGUGGCUGAGAGGGAGAGCAUACGGACGUUGUGUGAUAAUCUGCGGCGUGAGCGGGAUCGAGCGGUCAGUGAUCUGGCUGAUGCACUGCGAAACCUGGACGACCUGCGGAAACAGAAAAACGAUGCGGUUCGGGAACUGAAGGAGCUGAAGGAAUGCAUGGACGAGCAGCUGGAGAAAGAGGCGCGCUUCCGUCAGCUGAUGGCGCACAAUUCCCACGACUCAGCCAUCGAUACCGACUCUCUGGAGUGGGAGACGGAGACGGUGGAGUUCCAGAGGAGCACGGACAACAUGGAUUUGAGCGCUUUGGGUUUUGAUAUCUCAGAGGGCGUGAGUGACCCGUAUCUCCCCGGGGAUUAUGGGAUAUUUGUGAGUAAAGUGGACAAAGGAAGUAUUGCAGAGGGCAGGUUAAGAGUUAAUGAUUGGCUGUUGAAGAUCAAUGAUGUGGAUCUGGCCAAUAAGGACCGGCAGCAGGUCAUAAAGGCGGUGUUCAGCGGUGGCGGUGGUGUUAUUAACAUGCUGGUGCGCAGGAGAAAAUCUCUCGGAGGAAAAACUGUGACUUCUGUUCAUCUGAACCUCGCCGGACAGAAAGACUGUGGUGUAGGUCUGGAGAGUGGUGUGUUUGUAUCGUCUGUAUCUCCCGGCAGUCCUGCGGCUAAAGAUGCUUCGGUGUGUCCUGGCGAUCGAAUCCUCAAUAUUAACGGGAUCUCUCUGGAUAAUAAACCCUUGAGUGAGUGUGAGAAUCUCCUGCGCAGCUGCAGAGACUCUGUUUCCAUCUCUCUCCUGAAGUUUUUCCCACAGAGUGUUUCUGUUCAGAGCAUCUCCGAGAUCCAGCGUGACGGUGAGAGAAACUCGAACACAGAUCCGCCCCCGCGGCCCAGCAGAAAGCCCAGCAGCAUCAGCACCAGCAGCAGCAUUAGCAUCCGUAAAGAGACGUACAGCCCGGAGCACGUGUACCGCCCGGAGCCGUACCACCAGAUCUGCCUGCACCCCAAACGCCCGCUCACCUUCCAUCCGGCAUCACCAGCAGACAACACACAGCAGCGCCAGAGACCCACCGGCGGCACCUGGCCCAAAAUCAUCCCGGUCGCCAUGAACACAUCGGACAGCAUCCCUGUUGCCAUGGCGACUGCCGACAGCAUCCCUCCCCUAUCGAUUUUCAAGACGCCAAAAAAGCGCAAGUCAAUAUUCGAUGCUGAUGUGUUCAAACGUCCCGAGACGCUGGAGUACGUGAAGCACACGCACACACACUCUCCGCAGGGCUCCUGGACGGAUACACCAGCGCCGCCCGAUCCGCCCAAACGCAGCGACUCCUUCAAGUUUAAGCACAAGACACAGGGCAGCUCGGCGUCAGACUCCACCGUCACCGCAGGCUCUCCGCCAGCCACGCCGGUGCAGGAGUCGAGCAGCGCUGAUGCGGAUGCGUGUGUGUUGCAGGACGGGUGUGUGAACAACACUGACCCGAUAGAGCUGCAGAGAGGAAGACCCAAAUCUGCACCCGCACCGCGCCGCAACCUCACGCCACUCAAGAUGCCCUACACACAGAGUUUCUCUCAUGAUGAGCAGUCUCCUGAACCGGUGGAUCUGGUGCGCUUCUCUCCAUUCCGCUCCAAUCGCCACAGUUCAGCCUUCACCGCGGGACAUUCACUCACGGCUCCUCGUGCGCUGUCUCCAUACCCUGCAGUGACGGCGGUGAUGAGGAACCCGGUGUACACGGCCUGGAGCCACUGCGUCAAAACCACUAACUCUGCUUCUGUGCCCUCACACACUUACACACAAGUCAGUCCGCAGCAUCAGGGACGCUGGAGUGUGGAUCUGAACCACAAGCGUUCGGCUGAACUCUUCGACAACUCUCGCGGCUCAGGAGCACACAACACACACUCCCUGCCCUCCAGCGCACGACAGGGUUUGUCUCAGUACCGCGAGCAGCGCAUCAAGAUUCCCUCCACACCUCGAUAUGCUCGAUCUGUCCACGGCUCUGACAGAGGAUCUCUGUCCCACUCCGACUGCAGCAGCCCCAGUCUCGUGACCCCGCCCCUUUCUCCUAUGGACUCCGCCUCCUACACCAGCGGACAAUCACAGGCAUCAGGCUCCACCCACAGCAGGCUGUCAGUCAGUCCAGUGCCUAUAGACAGGAGAAGGGACAGAUGUGUUUUGCGUAACAGGUCUUUCCUGAAGCUCUCUCGAUCUCAGAGAUCUUGGUUUGCGUCUUUACGAACCCUGAGGCCGUUCAUCGAGGAGCCACGGUACGUCACCAUCCCCAAAGGGGCGGAGCCUCUGGGUAUCUCCAUAGUGGGCGGGGACAAUGGUGGCAUUUUUGUCUCCAAGGUAACAGAAGGCAGCAUCGCUCAGAAGCACCACCUGGAGUUUGGAGACCAGCUGCUGGAGUUUAAUGGUGUUAAUCUCAGGAAUGCCACGGAGCAGCUGGCGAGGCUCAUCAUUGGUCAGCAGUGUGACACCAUCACCAUACUGGCCCAGUACAACACACACAUGCAGCAGCUGGGCAACCACUCGCGCUCCAGCUCGCGGAUGGAGUCGUCUUUAAGCUCUCAUUCUACACCCGGUACACCGGACACACACUCCAACAUAGACACACUCAGUGAACAGGACGAGGGCACCAUGACUCCGCCCUCCAAACAGGCCACACCCACAUCCAGCCCUCACAGGGAGCGGGCGGAGCCGAGGCAGGUGUUGCUGAGGAAGACUCCGGUGGAUCUGGGCAUGAGGAUCUGCGGAGGAAACUUGACCGGUGUGUUUGUGGAGGAUCUGGAGGACGGAGGAGCCCACGGCCUGCAGCCUGGAGACCUGAUCCUGGAGUGUAACUCGGUGAGCAUGAAGAGUAAGACGGCGGAGGAGGUUUAUCUGGAGCUGCUAAAGCCUGCAGAGAACAUCGUGCUGAGGGUGCAGAACCGACCGCAGCACUUCAGGAGAGCUAAAGACACGCCUGGAGACGGAUUCUACAUCAGGGCGCUGUUUGACCAUGUUGGAGAUUCAGAGCAGGAAUUGAGUUUCAAGAAGGAUGAUAUCCUCUAUGUGGACGACACGCUGCCCAGAGGGAAUUUCGGCUACUGGUUGGCAUGGCAACUGGACGAAAACGCACAGAAGCUGAUGCGUGGACACGUGCCCAGCAAGUGCAUGAUGGAUCAGGAUUCCCAGCGGCGCUACAGUGUGACGGACGGUAAAGACGAGAGCGGCUCUGGGAAGACACUGUCAGCCGCGGCGCGUCGAUCUUUCUUCCGGCGGAAACUCAAACACAAACGCAGCACCUCUAAAGACGGACGCGACGCUCCUGCAGCCGACGCCAUCAGCACUGACUCCAUGCCCUACCUGGAGGACUGUGUGAGUCCGGCCUAUCAGCGUGUUCUGAAGGUGGAAUCGACCAAUCGCAGGCCAGUGUUGAUUCUGGGACCUCUAGUGGAGCCAAUCAAAGACAUGCUGCUCAGAGAGGCUCCUGGGAAAUACUGCCGCUGUUUACCUGAGGGCAUGAAGGCGCAGCAGCAGGCCAUCGAGCGCGGUGUUAAAGACUGUUUGUUCAUCGAUUAUAAGCGGCGGAGCGGACACUUCGACGUCACCACUGUGGCCUCCAUUAAGGAGAUUACAGAGAAGGAUUGUCACUGUCUGCUGGACAUCGCUCCUCACGCUAUCGAGCGCCUGCACGCCGUCAGCAUUUACCCCAUCGUCAUCUUCAUACGAUACAGAAACGCCAAGCAGAUCAAAGAGCAGAAAGACCCUGUUUAUCUGAGAGACAAAGUGUCACAAAAACAUUCCAAAGAGCAGUUUGAGUCGGCGCAGAGGAUUGAACAAGACUACAGCAAAUACUUCACAGGUGUGGUUCAGGCCGGCGCUCUCUCCAACACAUGCACACAGAUCAUGGCCAUCGUGGACCAGGAGCAAAACAAAGUGCUCUGGAUUCCUGAUGGAAGCACGUGAAAAAAGUCCUGAUAAACACAAUAAUAAUGACAACACUAGCAAAAACUCACACUGCUGCGACUCUCACUGCUGUAAACAUCACUACUACACUCAUAGGGCUGGGCUUUAUAUCAUGGAGACUCAUGUUUAACACGUCUGCUUAUGUAUGAACAUAUUUAUCAUGUAGUCAACUGUAGAUUGGAUUCUGUAAAGUCACCGUUUACAAAUGUAAGAUUAAAUUCAAACUCCUAGUGACUCAAGUGGAACAGUUUAAACUCUUAGGGCUCACUCACAUCCCCUCUCCCCCUCGGCCUGCACUCACACUGCAUUUUUUAUCCAGCGGACCUGAGCACACUUACAUCAUCAGGGAUGUGACUGUAAACAGAAAGAGAAGUGCUCUCGCUCAGCACAGUGAGGAUUGCUUUAGCUAUAUCGUUCUGAAUGGUUUGGGAUGCAGUGACACACAGUCAAAUAUGUUGCCGAACAGAUCCAGCACUUUUGACGCUCUUAAAUAAUCUUAAAAGUCCUGGUGCUUCACGUAUUAGGAGGUUUGCUGAAGGUGCAGUGAGGGGUUUGUGUCUUUAAUUAACUAUGACACUUCGCUUUGAUUGAAAAUUAAGAAUGAUUAUCAAAUCUAUACCAAACAGUCCCUUAAAAGUCACGUCUCGUCUUCAGUUUCGGGCUCAGGCGCUCUUUGCACUCACACUACAAGCUCGCCAAGUAAACCGCACUCUGGCACACCUCUUGCAACUGAGCCAGGGGUGGCCAAUUGAACUGCGCCUGAGCCCCAUUCAGAGCACUCGCACUUCUCAAACAAUCCUGGAAACGAGCCUGGGCACGGUUCAGAUAGCAUAGUGUGAUUAUCCCCUUAAUGACUCAAUUUAAACUGUUCAGACUCUUAGUGACUCAGUUUGAACAGUUCAAACUCUUUGUAAAUCAGUUGAAGCUCUUUGUUACUAAGUUGGAACUCUAAUUGACUCUGUUUGAACAGUUCAAUCUCUUAGUGAAUCAGUUCAAACUCUUAGUGACUCAGU